ACAUACUUUCCCCAACUGCAAUUUGCAAAGACUAAAGAUUUCUUUUUUUUUUUUUUUUUCUGCUCAAUUGGAUAGAUUUAUUUUCUGAGGCCAAGCUUUUAAGCAGAAACAACAAAGAGAGAGAAAGCAAACAGGCCCAUAAAUUCUUUAUCUUUUUGUGAGAGAGAGAGAGAGAGAAUAAAAUUAAAUAUUUGGGAGUUAGUUUUUUUUUUUUUUCUUUUUCCUUUUUUUCUGAUGAGUAAUGGCGGAAACUACUAAAAGAAGUAAAUUUUACCACAACCCCAACUAAAAAACACAGCAGCUUAUAAUUUUUCUGGAAUCUAGCCCCCACAAUAUCUGAUUUUCCCCUAUAUCCCACCACCUCUUCUCUUCAUUUUUUUUUCUCCCAUUCUUGUUCACCUUCCUCUUUAAUCACAAAUUCCCUUUGAUCAAGAUUGAAUCUUUUUUUCUGGGUUUUUUUAAAGUUUUAAUCUUUUUUAGUUUUUUUUUGUUAAUAUUGGAUUUUUGAAGAAAAAAAAAAGAAUGGCUGUGUCAAUGGCUUUCUGUGGGAGUAAUUUUGGGAUGUAUAGCAACUUGAAAGCAAUUGAGAAGCAGCCCAAUUUGAGGGCUGCUCCUUUGCUUUGCUCUUUUGGCUUGGAUCCGGUUCACCUUUCAUGCAUUGUUUCCAAGAAGAGCUUAUCAUCUUCGACGAGUAUAUUUAUACCAAAAGCAUCAUCGGCUACUGCUGUGGAGGACGGAAGCUCGAAUGAAACCGACGUCAUUCCCACACCAAGUGUCACAAUAGAUCAAGAUUCCGAUCCAGAUGCCACUAUUGUCGAAAUCACCUUUGGUGAUCGCCUCGGAGCUCUACUCGAUACAAUGAAUGCUCUGAAAAAUCUCGGACUAAACGUUGUCAAGGCGAAUGUGUAUCUCGAUUCUUCUGGCAAGCACAACAAGUUUGUGAUCACUAGAGCUUCAACGGGGAGGAAAAUUGACGACCCGGAAUUGCUUGAGGCGAUCCGUUUGACUAUUAUCAAUAAUAUGCUCGAGUAUCAUCCGGAGUCGAGUGCUCAGUUAGCAAUGGGAGCUGCGUUCGGAAUGAUACCACCACCUGAAAAUGUUGAUGUUGAUAUAGCGACACAUAUCCAUGUCUACGAUGAUGGUCCUGAGCAAAGCUUGCUCGUUGUAGAGACAGCGGAUCGUCCAGGUUUACUGGUGGAUCUUGUCAAGAUCAUAACCGAAAUAAAUAUUGCUGUUAAAUCUGGAGAGUUUGACACCGAGGGAUUGUUGGCAAAGGCAAAAUUUCAUGUGAACUACAAAAAUAAGGCAAUCAUUAAGCCUCUUCAGCAGGUUCUUGCGAAUAGUCUUCGAUACUUCUUGAGGAGACCGAGCACAGAGGAAGGGAGUUUUUGAUACAUUUUGAGGAGGGAGAUGUCUUAAUAAAACCAGUUUAACGAAUAUGCUUUUUCUUGUAGCAUUUUUCAUUCGACAAAAAAAGAAAACGUAAGAAAAUAUAUAUAUGUCAAGAAUUACUGUUUUUCGAAGUAUUACUUGUUUAUUUCGGCAUUAUAUAUGGAUGUAAAUGAUAUCUUUUAAAACGGAGGAUAUUAAUUAUUCGCAGAUUAAGUGUCGUUUUUUCGUC